AUGAAGCGAUCGACGCGCACCUACAUGACGUUGGCGGCACUCCUGCUUGCCGCAGCCAACGCGCAGACAACCACAGUGGUCAAUGACGCUGCGGACACUGCUGCGACUACCGUAUACUAUUCUGUCUGUCCAACUGCCUUGACCACCACCACGACCUUGUCCAGCACUAUCACUUUCUGCCCGGGUCCCAACUGCAACGGCGGUGGUGCUGUGAUCACGCCUCCUCCCACUGGCCCAUCAGGCACUGAAAUCCUUUCUUACACUACCACUCUUCCGAAUGGGGACGUCGAGGAGAUCCACGAGUACCUCACGAUCUACCACCAGAUUUGCAGCAGCGGCCAGUCAAUUGGACAAGCCACUUACACCAUCACAGAGGCCUGUCCUUGUGAAGCGACCAGGAACCCAACCUCCAUUCCCGAAGGCUUCACUACUACCGUCAUGUCUUGCGAUGUUUGCCACAAUGGCGGAGCCACCACCAUGACUAUCACUACACCAUGCUCAACCGGUCCGUAUGCCACUCAGACCCCUGUUAUUGGUCCUACCGGCGGUGCCGCUGCUCAAGCACAAGCGGAAGCAAGUGCAGGAGCUAACGCGGAGGCUGGGGCUGGUGGCUCGGGAGGUGCCAUUGCAAAUGCUGCCGCCGGUGCAAGUGCCAACGCUGAGGCUUCCUCUGGCAACUCUGCGGCCGGUGCAAAUUCUGCUUCAGGCGCCAACGCUGCUGCUGGUGCCGGUAAUAACGGAUCCGAAGCUGAAGCCAGUGCUGCCGCAAGCGCAGCUGCCAGUGCCGCCGCCACCGCGGAAGCUGGAUCUGGUGGAAUCAACAGUGGCACCAUGUACAGCAAUGGCACUGGCAGUAACAGCUCCAUUUCACCUCCCAUCACGCCUGUUGUCCCCGGCGGUGCCUCCGGCGCGGGCGCCAACAAUGCUAAGUUUACAGGUUCUGCCGAUAGAUUGGGCUAUACUGUUUCUGGAGUGUUCGCUGUUGUGAUGGGAUGUCUAGCGUUCGUGCUGUGA